GUGACAGGCAGUUGGGCCUCGCUGGGCUUCCUGGUGUGCAGCUCCGCCUCACAACUCGAUGUGGCCGGACAGUGGAAACACUUCUCAACAGAACAAAAGCGAGCGCGGACGGAGCAAGUCGUCGUCGCGGCGGAAGGAGACACACUCUCAGCCGGGGAAUACAAAAGCCGUCUUUAAAGCGGAGGCGACCGGAGCCGAAGUCCCGACAAACUUGGUCGCCGUCGGAUGUGCGCGUCGUUGUCCGUUAAUCCUGUUUGGUUCUCGGUUGAAAAUAAGCCAAGGGUCAAAGCCGACAGACGGACGGAGGGACGGACGGGCAUUGUGUCCACGGUCUUUCCUCUCAACUUCGGCCAUUUAGAGCCGCCUGGAACGAAACGGAAACUGGGGGUUUCUUCGUUUUGUUCGCUCACAUACGACCCCCCUCCCCGGAGCGAAGACUUAUUUUUUAUAUUUACGGUUCUCGGCUGUACGCCAUCGUGAACGGGCUCUAUUUAUCUUUAGAGACUUGUGGAAGUGGAACAAAGCCCGACAAGAAAAAGGGGUUGUAAGAGACCCUCUACUUCCAUCGACCAGAUGGCGACUUAUGAAGAACAAAAUGGAAAAGUUGGACUACUUGCCGCCAAGAAAUUCUUGGACGUCAAAAGGACGAAGGCCGCGUGCGAAGAUAAUAAACGUGCCGUCAAGGAUUUGCACCAUUCCUCCACUUCGACUGAAGGCAACCCGGGCUCUGCGCCCAGUUUCACUACCAACCACAACUCUGUUGUGUGCUUGCCUCUCGUAUCGGAGGAACUCAAACUGGUGUGGACGCAUUCUGAUCAAACCAGUGAACUUGACUCCAUCCCAGAACUGGUCCAAGCCUUUAACUUGUUUCCAUACCCGUCGUCCCUGGAGGUGAACACAUUAGCCCGGGUGUGUUCUUUGCCCUUGGACAAAGUCAAGGUGUGGUUUAUGGUACAGAGAAUCAAAUACGGUAUCAGUUGGUCAUCGGAGGAGAUAGAGGAGACGCGUCAGAAGCUAUCUGUGCCAUACUCCUUUGACGACGCCUCUGAAAUGAGCGAGGAAGCCAAGGUCGUCGAGGAUAAAGAUUCAGAAGUCGAGGACGUUUACCCCAGUGUGACUCCUAAGAAGAAUAAACCAAAAUGCGAAUCACCAGAUUCUUACAAACCAGCCAAAUCAACAUCGCCGUGUUUUAUCUCAACGCUGCCGCCUCCUCAGGAUUCCUACUUCUACCGUCCGCCAAGCGACACGCCGUCAAGUACUGCUGCCGCCACCCCCGCUGAGGUCUCCUUAGAUCUUUCGGUGUCUUCCCCGCAACAGCAUCGCCACGGGCGCUACAAAAAAUCCAAAGCUCAGCUCGCCGCGCUUCGGAAAAGCUUUUUAAGAGAGAACUGGCCCGCCGAGGUGGAGCUUCGACGUUUGCAAGAGGAGACCGGUCUAAGCCGAAACGACAUCCGAAAAUGGUUCAGCGACAGUCGUUACCAGCUAAGAGUCGGGCGAGGAAGCCUGGCGGCGGCGCAGGGUUUUUCUAAUCACACAACAGCGGGGGGUAAACAAGAGCAACAAAGCGAACCUCUUCCGCUUACGACACAAAAAUCUCGUCAUUUCAGCGCAGGGAAGGUCCAGGAAGGAACCCGAAGCAACGUGAUCAGCAAUUCACAUUUUUUCCAGACCUUCUUGUCUCAUAGUCUUGAGGCGUUUGGGGAACGGGACCUCGAAGCGGAGGGAUAUGAAACGAUCGAAGACUUGUCCGGUGACGGAGACAGCCUCAAAGACGGGGAACAGAGCGAAGAAGAACCGUUGCAGUUGACUAAACCCUGCAAGCCUGAUCAAGACGCUCCUCCGCAGGAACUUCCCGAUGUAUUCAGAUCGUCUGCUUCCUCCUCCCCCUCCGGAACGCCGCCGCUUACAACAUCACCAUAUAAACAGCCCCCAAACGGCAUCACUGCGUCAAAGAAGUCGGCUCACUCGGCCGCAGGCCAUAACCAGCAUCACUCGACGGCGUCUACAUCUGCUUCCCGGACAUCUGCCGGAAGACCGAGGAAGACUAAGGAACAGUUGGCUUUGUUAAAGCAGCACUUCUUACUCUGCCAGUGGCCCAAGAGCGAAGACUACACAGAACUAACAAAGAUCACGGGCUUACCACGAGCCGACGUGAUCCAGUGGUUCGGGGAUACGCGUUACGCGGUUAAAAACGGACAACUGCGAUGGGUCAAGGGGGUCCGCGACAAGUUCCUGGCAGAACUCGCCGCUCAGCAAAGUAGCGCCGCUUUAACCAACGGCUCCGCUGCGUCUACGAGGGUCGCGGGUAGCCGCAAACGCAAAGCUCAAGCCAACGGAAGCGCGGCGGAUUCCCCGAACGUACAACCGUUGGUUAACUAUUUCCUCUCCAACGGUUCGCUCAACGAAAAGGAUCUUGACACUCUAUGCAAUAAAUCCAAAAUGAGCUACCAGCAAGUGCGAGAUUGGUUUUCAGCUCAGGUCGUUGGGGAACCCGAUCAAGAACCCGUUGUUACAGAUUAAAACAACGAAUGAUUUGUUGAAAUCAUGCUAACGAACUACUCGUUAUGUCGUUUCUACCAGCAAAGCUUAGUUGUUGACUUGGUUUUAAUAUUGCUUUAUUUGAAGCAUGAUUGUAACAUUUUAGUCUUCCAAGCACAAAACCACAAAAAUGAAGGUUUGUGUGUGUGUAGCAGGUGUAUUUACUUCAUUCUCUGCUUAUCCUAAUAUAUUUGAAAACGGAUGACUUUUUGCAGCCUGCGUUCAUGUAAAUAGUACAUAAACUUGUACACUGGUUUGAUAUAUUUUGUAUCCCUUUUUUUUUCCUUAGAAUAUCAACUGCAGAAUAGCUAAUUGUAGCGGCGAUUUAAACUGCUGGUUUGUUUUUGGUACCUAGUACAGUGGACGGAGACGUUUUUUUUUUUUUUUGGACGACUUUUGCCACUGUUACCGCUUUUUUGUGUAAAUCAUUCCUUGAUAACCCCGCCGUUAUAUUCCUGACACAGACAUGCACACUGGACAUUUUUUUCCUUUUUUUGAAUUUGACAUCUUGCACUUUGCAUUUGGAGCCUGCUGCCAUUAUGUUGAAUAAGUCCAAUUAUUUCAUGUACUAAACACUGUCCUCCUUAAACCUGCUGUUUGUUAACUUAUACAGGUUUAGAUUAAAAGAAUAAGUUACAACCUU